AUGUCUAGUCAUAACCCAAACGAAUUGCUACGGACUACUUCAAACGAACGUGCAGAAUUAUCAUCCUUCCCGACUCUCAAGCAAUCCCUCUCUGCUUCCACAUUCCAUCACAAUGGCGGUGUCGGUCGCCAGAAAAGCCCUGCGAAGAGUCGCAGUAAAUCGCCAGCCUCAUAUCUGCGCCGUGAAGCCGCAAGGGAUGACCAUCCCCUGCGGAAGACCUCCAGCGGAACCCUUUCUCCCUUGAAUAUCGACAUUCCUAAGAUACCACGAGCGACAGAGGCCGCUUUUGCCGCCAUUAAAUAUCUGCCGACGCCUCUGCUAGUCUUAUCUAGCUUGAAGACUGUGAUACUCGCAAAUGAGGCAAUGGGUCGUUUGAUGGGGCUGGAGGGUGGGCAUGGUGGGUCAGAUGAAGAGGAUAGCACCACCGACGACGAGAAACCGAAUGUACAGAUGCUUCGAGGGCAGUCGUUGUCACAGCUCGGCAUUGAUAUGGUGCAAGACGGACACCAGGUGUGGGUUAGCUGGGAAAAGUUCUUAGACAGCCUAACGGAGGACGUCGGGCACAAAGAUCAAUCCCAAAUCGAUGAGAAUGAGCGUCCUGCCACUUCAGAUACUAGCAAAAGUGCUUCUACGGUACCUUCAAAACCUACAAACUCGACGCAGGCAAAGAGGCAUUACAAGAAGGGUCCGUCAAAAACGAGGAGUCGAGAAGUAGCUCAUGACAUUAUCGUCAACGUUUCUAUGUCUUCUCAAAAUCACGAGGCAGGCAAUAACUCAACCGCAAGAAGCAACAAAUCUUCAAAUUCUGAUCACCAGGUCUGCGCCCGAAUGACCGUCUCCAUCUGGACUCUCGACAAUCAAAUCUACUUCACCCUGACCUUUACAUAUGCCUCGGGUGCAAGCUUUACCGCUAGAAAACUUGGGCAUUCACGAACUCCCUCAAGAGCUGCAACCCUUUCGCCCUCUACACGAUCAAAUCCUUCCUCUCCCGGCAGUCCCAGUGUCUGCUCGAAAUGUGGCAUGGUGCCGGCCACUCCGCCUGCGACUGCAACAUCACCCCAUGGACAGCCAUCGCCAAUCGCUCCAUUUCCUCCGAUGGGUCCUCCAAGUAAAGCUGAUCUAUCGGCCGCACCAGCUAUAUUGCACAAAUUGUCCCGCAUGAAAGACGCCAUAAUCAACUCAAUGGAUAUUCCUCUCAUUGCAAUGUGGAGGGAUGAAAGUAUAUCGAUUCCUAACAAGGCUGCCUACAAAUUGAUGUAUCAGAAGUGUGAUCCAACGAGUGAAGACGCCUAUGAUACAAUCUCACGCUUCAAGAUGUUUGACGCCGACUUCGAGAAAGAGUUGGAGCCGGAUGAUUUCCCAAUCGUUAAGCUCUGUCGUACGCAAAAACCUUUUAAUAGCUGGAAGAUAGGAACACUAAAGGAUGACGGAGAGCGAAGCACAUAUGAAGUCAGUGGGGAGGGGAUUUACGACGAGAAGACAGGAGAAUUCCUCGGGGGCAUUAUCGCUUUCAAGGACGUGACGAAAUAUGACGAGAUCAUCAAAACUCAGAACGAAGAAAAUGACAAGCAGUUCGAGCUGAUAUGCGACACGAUGCCUCAAAUGCUUUGGACAACAAUUCCGACAGGUGAGCAUGAUUGGUUUUCUAGGCGAUGGUACGAUUAUACGGGCUUGACUGAAGAGAUGUCGCUUGGUGAUGGCUGGCAACAUCCUUUUCACCCUCAGGAUGUGCCCGAGGCACGGAAGCGGUGGGCUCAUUCUCUUGCGACUGGAGAUGAGUACAGAACGGAAUAUCGUUGCCAGAGCCGUGCUGGAGAAUGGCGUUGGAUGCUUGGUCGAGCGAUGCCCCUCCGAGAUACCAAGAGCGGUACAAUCCAGAAAUGGUUCGGUUCUUGCACUGACAUCCACGACGUAGUAGAAGCACGUAGCGCUGCUAAGGAAUUACGUGAGCAACUGCUCUACGUCAUCAAACAUGCUAAGGUCGCUGUUUGGGCGAUUGAUGCUCACCGAACCAUUACAUUCCUUGAGGGUAAGAUGUUAUGGGAAGCCGAGGGGGAAGAGGCAAAGGCUUCGGAAAGCAAAGGACGUGACAUCUAUGAGAUCUUCAAGGAGAAUGAAAAGAGCGACCCGGGGCUUUCUAUGUACAUGGGAGCGAUGGAGAGGAUUUUCAGCGGUGACGUCAAGGAGCAAGACGUCGAGCAUUAUAUCCCACAAAGGCAGCGAUGGUGCCGGACUCGGUUCAUACCCAUCACCAAGGACAAGGAUACAGGGCGACAGAAAGAUAGAGGUACCGUCAAGGGUGUGAUCGGCGUCAGCAUCGAUGUGACCGACAUGAAGGAUGCUGAUAUUGCUCUUGAGAAGCAAAACAAAGAGAAUAUAAGGCUCCUUUCGGCAGAGACCGCAGCAAAAGAGGCAUCAAAAUUGAAAAGUCAGUUUCUUGCAAACAUGUCGCACGAAAUCCGCACACCUAUCGCUGGUGUCAUUGGGAUGUCAGACCUGCUUCUCGAUACUAAACUGGACAGAGAACAAAGAGAAUUCACCGAAAAUAUACAGAGAUCUACAAAUGGCCUUCUGACAGUAAUCAAUGACAUCUUGGAUUUGUCAAAAGUGGAGUCCGGUAGACUGGACAUCGAAGAGGUUCAUUUCAGCCUGAGCGUUGUGAUAAAGGAUGUGUGCAAAAUGCUCUCCUUUGCUGCCGAGCGAAAGAAUUUAGACUUUAAAAGUGAUGUUCAACUUGGACAAGAAAACGAUCUUGUUGUGAUGGGAGAUCCUGGACGAGUCCGGCAAAUUAUAACUAAUCUACUGACUAAUAGCAUCAAGUUUACAUCUGAAGGUUCAGUCAAGCUUUCUGUGAAGAAGAAAGAAGAGAACAGCGAGAGCAUAUCUGUGGUCUUUUCCGUGGAAGACACUGGGAUAGGCAUAGAAGAAAGUGUCAGACAGCGUCUGUUCAAGCCUUUCAGCCAAGCUGACUCAAGCACUGCACGGCGAUUUGGAGGGACUGGUCUUGGUUUGACCAUUUGUAAGAAUUUGGUCGAGCUCAUGCGUGGAGAAAUCACACUGGAUUCUGAACUUGGUCAUGGUACGAAAGCAACCUUCUGGAUCCCCUUCAACAAGCCACAAUUCCCAUCAAGAGAGUCUCCGCUUGUUCAGGUCGGCUCAGUCCCAGAUCGGCUACAUUCGGAAAUGUCUAUGUCUGGAUGCGCAUCAGAGAUUCGGAGUUCAGAUGGCACUCCACCCAUGAGCCCUGCACCUGAUUCAGCCAGGGUUCCACGCGGUUUCCGAAAGUCUUCCCACUCGAGGACAGGUAGCAUGAACUCGCCCUUCUCAAGCGAGGAAGCUCUGCCAGAGAUUGAUCGCGGGAAGGUACAUGUCUUAGUCGUGGAAGACAACGCCAUCAAUCAACAAAUAGCAACCAAGACCAUCAAGAAAUUCGGCUUCUCUGUCAAUGCAGUAUGGAAUGGUCAAGAGGCGCUCGAUUAUCUAGUGGCAGAAGCUUCUCCCACUCAUCCGAAGCCGGAUAUUGUCCUCAUGGACGUGCAAAUGCCUAUCCUUGACGGCUACAGAGCGACGCAUUUCAUUCGACAUCAUAGCCCAUAUACUACUUUCCCAACAAUCCGCAACCUUCCCAUCGUUGCAAUGACCGCCUCAGCAAUUCAAGGCGACAGAGAGAAAUGUCAAAGAGCCGGAAUGGAUGACUACCUUGCCAAGCCGGUCAAGGGCAAAGCGCUCGAGAACAUGCUACUCAAGUGGGCCAUCGAAGGCAAGCGUGAGGGACGGAUAAAUGCGACUCACGCCCACCAUAAGACCGAUCACGAUAGCAAUUGUAAUGACAGCUUCUCUACCCCAUCAUCCCAACCGGGCAGCAUCGAUAAUGUUCCUACGAAGCCCCUCGAGAGGGUGCUGCCCAAAUUUACCGACAAGCCACCUCAGACGGAACCAUUAAACGACAGCACGCUCCUGGCUUCAGGAACACAAGACGACAGAGACAGACAUCAAGUCGAAGCCGAGGAAAAAGCUACCUCCCUCCGAGACGAAAAGCUCCUUGCGGCGUCAGCGUCCCACCCGCAUCAAUAUCCUCUCACCUCUCCUCCCGGCCCAACACCGAUUGCAAACCCAGACAACUCCCUGUCCGCACUCACAAAAGAGAACAUGAGCCGCCUCGACAAACAGCACCGCGAUGACGCUACUUCCUCACGCCAGCACGGUAGCAACCUGAAACUUCCUGCUAAUGAUGGCGAGGCCGUCGCAUCGGGCCGCAGCAGUCUCGAUGUUCAAGGCAGAGAUAGCAGCGACUUGGAACGCGAUAGUACAUUGGGCAGUAUGCGUGGCCCAUCCGCGAGGGAUGCGAUGAGAGGUUGGUUGUCGAGACAUGAGAGUGAGACUACUGUGACGCCUAGCGACAACCAGAGGAACAGAGAUGCCAGUGAUGGGGAUUCGUGA